CCCAGUUUCAAAACCAGCAUGGCAGCGAACGGAGUCUUCAUCCGACAAAACUCACCCAACUUCUUCUUCCAACAAAACUCACUCACUUCUUCAGCUCUCUACUCGAGAAAAAAAGCAAGACUUGGGGAUGCCGCCAAUUCCUUCAACCCGUGCUCAGAGGAACGGGAAGCUCACCAAGAAGAUGGUGUGUGCUGAAGCGCAUUCUGAUGUUAAUGGCCAACACCAAUUGCUGCCCACCUCUAUUUCUUCACCUCCCCAGGCCAACAAAAGCUCCCGAAUUCGCGUUGUCGGCAGUCGAAUCUACGAUUCCGUGAAUGGGAAGAGCUGCCACCAGUGCCGGCAAAAAACGAGGGACUUUGUGGCAUCAUGCAGGAACCUGAAAAAUGACAAGCCUUGCUCUAUAAACUACUGUUUCAAAUGUCUCUCAAACAGAUAUGGAGAGAAAGCAGAAGAGAUGGCAUUGUUGGAGAAUUGGAAGUGCCCAAAGUGCAGAAACAUUUGCAAUUGCAGUUUGUGCAGGAAGAAAAUAGGUUGCAAUCCUACUGGUAUGCUUGUGUAUACUGCCAAGGCAAUUGGAUUUUCCUCAGUUUCUGAAAUGCUGCAGGCUAUAGAUCCUGAUAGCAGUUGCAAGAAUGUAAAGGACAUAGUUUGUAGUCCAAGCAAGGAGUCUCUGGUUGUCUCUCCAAGAAAGCGAGGGAAGGAAAAUUCCUUUGAUGGAAAAAAAGAUUCAAACUUGCAUCCACAGACGUUAAUGUUAAGCCCAGAUGAGACUAAACCUAAGAAAAUAAAGAGGGAACAAUUGAAGGAGCAUGAUGGCAACAAAGAUGGUGGUGCCUCUUUGAAGAAGAGUAGCUCAAGAAGGCCUUCUAAAGAUGAAGUGAAGGCUGAUGGGAAGGAGGAUGAUGUACUACAAGAGAAGGGUUGUGGGGCGUCAGUAUCUCAGAAAGUGUCCUUUGAUUCAAAUGUAAUAGGAAAGAAGGGAGAACAAGGAGCCAAGCCCAAUAAAGUUGGUGUUUUAGGUAAUGCCAUAAUUGAUAAUGUGGGAGCCAAGCCUAAUAAAGUUGUUAGAUCUCACAAAGUUAAGAAACAUAGAAUGAAAUUACGGAGGAAAGAAUUUGAUGUUGAUGUUCUGGUGUCCCAUGAUUCCAAUGUAACAGGAGAGAAGGGGGAAGAAGGAGAUUGCACCACCUCCCAAAACAUGGGUGUUUUAGAUAGUGCCAUAAUUGAUAAUGUUGGAGCCAAGCCCAAUGAAGUCGUCAGAUCUCAUAAAGUCAAGAAGCAUAGAAUGAAAUUUCAGAAGAAAGAAUUUGAUGUUGAUGUUCCAAUGUCUCGUGAUUCCAAUGUAAUAGGAGAUAAGGGGGAAGAUGGAGAUUGCAAAACCUGCCAAAAUGUGGGUGUUUUAGAUAAUGCCAUAAUUGAUAAUGCAGGAGCCAAGCCCAAUAAAGUUGCCAAAUCUCACAAGGUCAGGAAGCAUAGCAUGAAAUUUCAGCUGAAAGAAUUUGAUGUUGAUGUUCCAUUGCCUCAAGGCAUCAGCCUAACCACUAUAGCUGGGAUUGAAUUGUCUCCUGAAGAUGUUGGGCAUGCAUUGCAAUUUUUAGAAUUCUGUGCAGCAUUUGGAAAGGUUUUUGGUCUCAGGAAAGGGCAAUCAGAAUCUGUAUUACAAGAAUUGGUACAUGGCUAUAAUGGGCCCCAAGGGCGACACUCUCUAACUGCUCAACUUCAUAUCAAAUUGCUGUCUCUGAUAUUAAAGGACUUGGGACAACAUUCUCAGCCCUUAACUUCAACAAAAGGAAACAAUUCAUGGUUGAAAGCUCUAGGGAAAUGCAUCUCCACAUCCCCAUGUGCUUUGAAAGAGCUGCCCUUAGAUUGCUUUGAAAGUGGCAGUGAUGGAUAUGACAUGUUAGACUUUUCAAAAAAGCUGAGACUCCUGAAUUUUCUAUGUGAUGAAUCUCUGUGUACCGAAAGAUUGAGGCGUUAUAUUGACACUCAAAAUUCCAAAUUUGUUGAGAAAGAGAAGGAAGCAAAAGAAAAAGUUCUUGCUGCAAAGGAUAAGACGAAGCGCAUGAAGCAGAAGUUGCAAGAUGAGAGGGUCAAAGCUAUCAUUGCACAAAAUAGCACUCCUCUUUCAAUUUCAAAGCAUGAAGCAGUUUUUUCCCAAAUAAAAACUGAAGUUGAACAAGCACAUGCUGAGAUGCUGGAGGCCAUAAACAUGCUAUCCAAGAUGAAACAAAGAUCUGAUGCUGUUAGAACGGAGUCUAUCCUCUUGGAUGUUAAUGGUCAUUCAUUUUGGAGAUUAAAAGUGUAUGCUGGUGAACCGGAUAUUUUGCUUCGAGAUAUGGGAACAUGGAUUGCAGAUGCACCUGAUGAGAAAUGGUUUUCCUAUGAUCUUGAGCAGAAAGAUUCUAUUGAGGAGUAUAUUUCUUUAAGAGAAAAGAAGCUUAGGUUUCAUAAGGUUCCCAAAAUGCGUCCUAUAGAAAGUACUGAAGCAAAAUCAUUGCAUAAUUCUAUGAAUGAUCUGGAAUGUCCUAGUAAAAUUGAGGCAGCUGGUGCAAGGAGCUAGAGGCUUGGGACUUCUUAUAUGCUACUUGGUUUCCAAUUCCGAUGGUUCAAACAUAUAUCAAACGGAAAUAGGUCACACCUGCACCAUCCACCAAGUUAGAUUUUCUGAAUACUACAGAGAAAGAUGGUUAGAUACAAGGUCAGCUUUCCUCAGCUGUGUACUUUGUACUCUAGGAAUUUACCAAUGUUGGGAAAGCAUAAAAAGAAAAGGAUAUAAACUUUUGUCUAGGGGAAAGUCCAGGAAAUUUUCUGGAAUUUAAGUUGUUGGAAGAAGCAGAUGGGACUGAAACUUCCGGCAAGUCCAAUCCUGUCUGUCAUCAACUUACACAUUGUAUUAUUGUUAAUGGUGUUGAAGAUCUCUGCCAUCCUUUUUUAA